CGUAUUCCAAGCCGUCUUUUUCGAUCCCAGAUUCCAGGGUUCGCAUGCGAUCUAUCAACAUUUCCUCGGAACUUACUCAACGCGAUAUUUGAGUCGUCUCCCCCGGUGCCCUCUUUCACUUUCACAACAGACCUCCCCUUCAAGAUGGUGUUUGAUCGCGCCUCACACACACCAUGAUUCCACAGACUCCCUCCGCGACCGUACCUCCCGACACCUCUUCCCAACAACUUCUCCGUCUCGGUAAACCUUUUGUCGAGUUCCCAAGAUUUAGUAUUCUGUCUCUAUUGGACGAGAAAGACCAUGCUGGCAAUAGGCUCCCCUUCUCGGAAUGGCUGACGAGACGGCUGCAAGUUGGCAAGCCUUUCGUCAUUGCCGACUUCGAGAAGCUUGAUACCUGGCCGGGUGCGGACUCUCGGAGUGGACAUCAGUCUGCCUUUGGCAUCGAGAGACUGAUUGAACUGAGCACGAAAAAGAACAUACCCGUGCGCAACUGCAGUACAGGACGAGAUCUUUCCUUCACCCUCAAGAAGUUUGCAGACAGUGCGAGACAGUCCUUUCCCGAGUUUCAAAAUCUAUAUGCUCGAGAUCUCCAAUGUCCGCCAGAAUGGCUGGAACAGUGUCGCAGACUCCUUCCCACCGAGGUCCAGUGGGGUGGUCGACUGGAUCUCUUCCAGUGGCUUCCUCAGUGCGCUCGAAGUGAAGUCAUGAUGGCCUAUGUCGGCAGUGAGGGGAGUAGCUCAGGCUUCCAUCGAUGCUUUUCAAGCACCGUCGCCCUUAAUCUGCUGGUCGAGUCGGAUGAUCGCCCAGUCGUCUGCAUCGGAACCGACUUCGAUUCCCAGAAGAAGUACGAUGCCUUCAUCUCAUCGAGAGGAGCUUCGCCACACCUCGAUUGGUUGAAUGUGGGUUCUGACGAACUCGUCGAGGCCGACUUCCCACUAUAUGUCUAUGAUCAGCGUGUAGGAGACCUCGUUGUCUUUCCACCGGCCACGGCACAUCAAGUCUGGAAUCCUUCUACUCUUUCAGCAAAACUCGUUUGGAACAUUCUCCAUCCUUUAUCUCUCGAAGUCGGAUUUCAAUGUGUGCAGGUACCAUUCAACCGUCUAUGCCAUCCCGAUGUUGCUCGUACCAAUCUGUCACUCGCGUGCGCUAUGCUCUCGCUGCUUCAGGACAACCAAAGUAUUACCAAUGCCUCAUUGCCACUUCCACCAGACCUGCCUCUGCUUUCGCGUUUGUUCAGGCAAAUGGUCCAUGACGAAUCUAUCGAGUCUGAGCCUGCCACCCCUAUCAGCUUAGUACCCAUGCCUGCUGGUACUAUCGCAACCUGCAACUUUUGCUCCACUGCCAUUUGGAAUCGCCACGUUCGCUGCACAGUAUGCACUGAUUUUGAUCUCUGCUUGCUGUGCUACGUGAAUGGUCGGUCGUGUGAGCAUGCUCAGUCAUAUGCUUGGGCAGAGCUUGUUCAAACCGACCAGUGUACAAGAGUCCUCAACAGAGCUAGAGAGAUUUUGGGGUUCCAGCCUGAGGCACCCCGGGAGUUGGAUCGUUGUAAGACACUUGGUACCGCCGUCAAUGAUCUUAUGCGGGCCAAGAGUACAACCUCUGCCAAACUCUGCCAUCUGUGCCGUAUUGAUCACCAAGAAUGGAAGGGUCGUCGUUGCGACAAGUGUACUGCCUUCUUCUGCUAUCGAGGUCUUUUCCGACACUUUGAUCAGUAUCCCCCUGAUGUGUUGCGACAUAAGGGUAUGUGGAUCUGUCCGAAGUGUGAAGAGACGUGUAAUUGUCGUUGCUGUCACUUCACGACGGCUUACGUCAAGAGCGAGAAGCCAGCAAGCAAACGGCGAGUCAAGGCUUGCGACACCAGAGGAAAGGUGAUGGGAUUUGCAGACAAUGUUUUCGACCAGAAACGGGGUCGAAGGGAAAGUAAUCCUGGUGGGAGCGGGAACACGUCUUUGCCAGGGAUGACCCAGAUCAGUGGCAGGAAGCGAACGAUAUCUGCGACCGGUGACAGUGCUCCAGAAACACCCUUGAGGAAGAUCGAGCUACCGACUCCCGAGCCAGAUUUUUCGAACCAGUCGAGAUUGGUUCUUUCGAGGGAAAGCUCCGAGCUUGUUUUGGAUGCUUUUGGCAACAUCAAUGGCAAUUUGCCCACACUGCUCCCGAGCUUGAAGACUUUUGCCGACGGGCAUGAUUUCAUGGCAAGCCCUACGGAUGAGAGACAUGCAAGAGUCAGCACGUCUCCGGGAAUUGCUUCCUUGGCUUCUACUGCUGUCAACGGUGGGCGCGUACCCAGCAAUUUUCAACAUGUGCAGAACCACAUACUCCCGCCAAUGCUUGGACACUCUGCACAGAAUGGCAUGUUUGUACCACGCCAUAACUCGAGUGGUAUGAUGAGCACCCCAAGCACUGCUCCGCCAACAUCACCAACAAAGCCCAUGCCACCAAACGACAUCAAGGCUCCGACCGCAGCUCUGGAUGCGUCGAUUGUCGAAUUGGAGACACAGCUUCGUAACUUGAAAAAGUAUGAAGAAGAAUUCAUUGCUUUGAACCUGGAGGACAGCAGGAAGAUGCUUGCCACAGAAGUGGCCGAGCUCGAAGCCAAGAUCAAAACAAAGAGACGUGAAAAGAGCCUUGUACUGAUUGAGAGGCUCAAGAAAGAAGGGUUUGGUGGGCUUGCGGCUGUAGUGGGAAAGGAGGUGGGACUGGGAAUUGACGGGACUGGUCAAAGGACUGUAUAGUGUUUGGGUAAGCUGAGUCGUUGACGAGACGGGACAGCAUAUCGAGCUACUCCAUUUCCAUAGCGGAUUUCAGUGGGAGGUUUCAAAAACCAUGUCUAGGCUGGUAUUGGGUUCUGAGGAUAUGGGCGCUUGGAUGGCAUGGAUCUG